UGCGGUAUGUGCGCCCUGCGAGCCGCUGUCGGCCCGGGGUCCUGGCUCUUUCGCGUGGUUCGUGGCUGCGGGGCUCCGAGGGCCGCGCCGCCGCUGCCACCCUGCCCCGAGCGCGCGCUCGCCGCCUUCCGCGGGGGCCUGGGGGGCCCGGAGGGGCGAGGGGGUGGGGGGCGGGGCCCACAUGCAGGUGGCCGGAGAAGUCGGACUGGAGGAAAGGAGGAGGCUGAGGAAGCGGAGGAGGAGGAGCUGCUGAGGAGGGACCCUUUGCUGCCGGCGGGAGCCCAGCGCGUGUGCUUGCUUCACCCUGACGUCAAGUGGGGACCCGGGAAGCCGCAGGGGACCCGAGUUGAGUGGCAGGUGGUGGAGGCACAAGCGCUGGUGCACACGCUGGAUGGCUGGUCGGUGGUGGACACGAUGGUGGUGCCCACCAAAACGCCAGACCGGAAGCUCGUGUUCGGCAGAGGGACCUUGGAGCGCCUGACAGAGAAAAUCAGAGGGUCCCCGGAAAUCACCGCCGUUUUCCUGAAUGUGGAGAGGAUGGCUGCACCCACCAAGAAAGAACUGGAAGCCGCCUGGGGUGUGCGGGUGUUCGACCGAUUCACGGUGGUUCUUCAUAUUUUCCGCUGCAACGCCCGCACCAAGGAGGCCCGGCUGCAGGUGGCACUGGCGGAGCUCCCCCUGCUCAGGUCCUGCCUGAAAAACCACGUUGCCCACCUGGGCGGACGAGGACGGGACUCCCGCAACAUCAUGGGGUCAGGAGAGUCUUUCCUGCAGGUGCAGCAGCGCCUUCUGAAAGAUAAGGAAGCGAAGAUUCGGAAGGCCCUGGAUAGACUCCGCCGGAAGAGGCUUCUCCUGGGCCAGCAGCGGAGGCGGCAGGAGAUCCCUGUGGUCUCCGUGGUGGGCUACACAAACUGCGGAAAGACCACGUUGAUCAAGGCGCUGACAGGGGACGUCGCCAUCCAGCCCCGGGACCAGCUGUUUGCCACGCUGGACGUCACGGCGCACGCGGGGUGGCUGCCCUCCCGGGUGACCGUCAUCUACAUGGACACCAUUGGCUUCCUCUCCCAGCUGCCCCACAGCCUGGUCGAGUCCUUCUCGGCGACCCUGGAGGACGUGCGCCACUCGGAUCUGAUCGUCCACGUGCGAGACGUGAGCCACCCCGAGACAGAGCUGCAGAAGGCCAGCGUCCUGUCGGCCCUGCGGGCCCUGCAGCUGCCGCGCCCGCUGCUGGACUGCAUGGUGGAAGUGCCCAACAAGGUGGACCUGGUGCCCGGGUACAGACCCGCCGAACCCGGCGCGGUGGCCGUGUCUGCGCUCCUGGGGCUCGGGCUGGAGGAGCUGAAAGCCAGGCUGGAGGAAGCAGUUCUGAGAGCCACGGGCAGACGGGUCCUCACGCUGCGAGUGGGGCUGGCGGGGCCGCAGCUGAGCUGGCUGCAUCAGGAGGCCACGGUGCAGGCGGUGGACGUGAGGCCUGAGGCCGGGGUGGCUGACGUCAAGGUCAUCAUAAGCGACUCAGCUUACGGCAGGUUCAGGAAGCUCUUUCCGGGGUGAAAGGACGCCCAAGGAUGGGGGUGCUCCCCGAGGACUGAGGGGGGCGCUCACGGGGGUCUGGGGGGCUGCAGCGUUCCCGCCUCAGAGAGAAGCGGCCUCGCUGCGCGGGCCCUACACCCCCGUGAGCCUGGCGGGAGGGCCGGUGGGGCUGGGAGCUGACGUCCCGUCCAGGGCGCUUGAGCCGCGAGACAGUAAAAGUUCUGCGUGUGUUCGUGAACCAGCCUUUCCGACUCUUCCGUGCCGGCCGCCCGGCAGAAGCCCUGCGAACGCUGGCCGUGAAGGAGGCAGGUCCGGCUUCCCCGUCCGCUCUGCGUCCACGCGUUCACGGCUGCCAGUCCUCGCCCUUCCCCACGGUAGCGUCAGGGGUAUAAUUAAAAUGUCUCCCGACAGCCCAGCAAGCAGGAAGAAUCUCCCCGUUUACAGGGCCAGGCGGCCCGGACCACCCAUCACACGCCUGUUCGUUGUCUUUACCCAAAGGAAAAAAUACAACUUUGGGCAUCUUGUCGAUAAGCAGGGAAUCACAUCCUGGGGCCAAACUCCCCCACGGUGAGGCAGGACCCCCUUCCCGAUGUUCACUUUGCAGAGAGGCUCCAGGGCCCCCAGACAGACGUUCCCGGGAUGCAAACAGGCCGGGGGACCUUCUGCUUAAAGAGAGUCACGCACAUCUCAGGGAGACGGGACACUCUACGCUGCAGGUUUUCUAAAGGGAAAGCGAAGGAGAAGGGCGUUCCCUUGCCCUUUGGGCGCCAGGAAAGGAUUAUUUUCUUUACCUCUGUAUUCAGCUUUACAGGGGCGUUUUCCGAGUUGUCCCAGGCUUUCAGCACAGCUGGAAAAAGUCUCUGCGGGCCUUCCCUGGUGGCUCAGUGGUUAAGAGUCCGCCUGCCAAUGCAGGGGACACGGGUUCGUGCCCCGGUCCGGGAGGAUCCCACAUGCCGCGGAGUGGCUGGGCCCAUGAGCCAUGGCCGCUGAGCCUGCGCGUCUGGACCCUGUGCCCCGCAACGGGAGAGGCCGCGACAGUGAGAGGCCCGUGCACCGCGAUGAAGAGUGGUCCCCGCUUGCCGCAGCUGGAGAAAGCCCUUGCACAGAAACAAAGACCCAACA